AUGAUUAGUAUCUACGCCAGGAUACCAUUCAAAUAUACAAGUCCUUUUCAAGGACUAGAAAAGUUUGUCUCCAAAGUUAGUUAUGAACUAGGGUGCAGUGAUGUGGCAUGUAGUAACAAUAACCAACUCAAAGCAACAACUGAGGUAGUAGCUGUAGCUAAUGCAGUGAUCGUAGUUGUUGGACUUAGUCAAUCAUUUGAGGCAGAGAUGAUAGACCGGUUGAACCUAACAUUGCCAGGGUACCAAGAAUUGCUAGUGAUUGAAGCGACCAAGGCGGCUAAGGGGCCAUUAGUUCUUGUUCUGUCUAGUGGUCUUGUUGAUCUUUCGUUUGCUAAUAAUACCAAGGUUGGAGAGAUCUUGUGGGUGAGUUAUCCUAGACAAGCUGGAGACGACGCCACUGCCCAAGUGGGAGGUCCCUUUUUAGUUGGUAUCCCCAAAGUUAUGUUGAUCAACUACUUAGUUUUUUCAAAGUUCAUCAUGUUUGUCCCCUCCACUGUGCUUGUGAGGCCUAGGGACAACACAAAUGUGAUAGUCUCAUUCAACUCCAUCGACAUUUCUAGUUUCGAAUGCCAUAACUUAUACUUGGACGUGGUGAUUGGAUUAAGAAAUUAUGGGCCAAAGGAUGGAACUCGUGUUGUACUGGUAUUCUGGGAGGCAGCAAAUGCACAUAAGAAGUUGAUUGGGACACCUAAAAGGCAACUAGUGGCAUUUGAAAGAAUCCAACUGAACAUUGAGGAGACUGAGAAAAUGACUGCGAAAUUGGAUAUAUGCAAACAACUAAGCAUUGUGGAUUGGAUUGGAUUGGGAUAA